CUUGACAGACAGACACAACUCUUAUCCAGAGAGACUUACAGCAACUGACUCUUAUCCAGAGACACUUACAGCAACUGACUCUUAUCCAGAGAGACUUUACAGCAACUGACUCUUAUCCAGAGAGACUUACAGCAACGGACUCUUAUCCAGAGAGACUUUACAGCAACUGACUCUUACCCAGAGAGACUUUACAGCAACUGACUCUUAUCCAGAGAGACUUUACAGCAAAUGACUCUUAUCCAGAGAGACUUUACAGCAACUGACUCUUACCCAGAGAGACUUUACAGCAACUGACUGGAUGUGAGAUGGACAUUAAAGACUGGUCAGAUUGAUGCUAAUGGGAGAUAACCGCUGGCUGGGAGGUUGACUGAGGAUACAAACAGAGUGACACAGAUCCCAAUAUAAUGAUCAGUCACUGGCGGACGUGCACCAAGAUCUUCCUGGUACUGGUGUCGCUGAGGGUCAUAUACUAUACCGUUCUGGAAUAUCCCAACAACCCAAACCACCCCUACCAUCGUCCCCCUUCCAGGAGGACUCCAGACGCUUCAAGAGAAGAGGACCUGAGCAUCAGUCCAACUACUAAUGAUGAAUCAACAUAUUAUAUGGAAGCUGAAACACCAGACAACAAGGACACAACUACAAUAUAUGUUCACGUUGAACCACAAGCUGAAUCAGAAGUUUACCUGGAUACAAUAUCCAUUCAGGACUGGCCAUCAAUAACACUGACCACUGGACUGGCCACUCCUCCUCUGUAUGUGUCCCCAGGACUGUACCAUGUAGAAUACCCAUCAGAGUACAUCUUCAUCCUGGAUGAGCCAGAGAAAUGCCGGGAGCAGAACCCCUUCCUGGUUCUGAUGGUGCCAGUUGCGCCCUAUAACAUGGAGGCUCGUGAGGCCGUCCGCAGUACUUGGGGCAGUCAGAACCUAGUUUUCGGCAACAAGGUCUGUCUGUUCUUCCUGCUGGGACUGCCCAGUGGAGAGGAGACAGAGCAGCUCCAGGAGAAUGUGCUGCAGGAGAGCAAAGAGCACCAGGAUCUGCUGCAGAGUGACUUCAUAGACAGCUACAAAAACCUGACCAUCAAGACCAUGGUGAUGAUGGAGUGGCUGAGCUCUCGCUGCCCCAACGCCUCCUACGCCAUGAAGAUCGACUCAGACAUGUUUCUCAACGUGCACAACCUGGUUUACAUGCUGAUUCUACAUUCUCCAACGCAGAACUACAUGUCUGGACAAGUGGCAAUUGGUGCAGCAGUCCUUCAUGACCCAAGCUCCAAAUGGUAUCUUCCAAAGGAGGUGUUUCCUGAACCGGUAUAUCCACCUUAUGCUCUGGGCCUGGGCUAUGUCUUCACCUUAGACCUCCCCAGGAAGCUGGUGGAGGCGUCCAGGCAUGUUAAAGCCGUCUACAUAGAGGAUGUGUAUCUGGGACUGUGCAUGAGACACCUGGGCAUCCGGCCUACUGACCCCCCCAGUGACAACCUCUUCCAGGGGUAUGCAGGAGCCCAGGACCGCUGUCACUACAUGGCUGUUAUCACAACCAUCCUCGACACUCCUCAAGAGCUUCUGGACGUAUGGAGAAACUUACACCAACCUGGGCCUGUCUGUUAUUGAAAACAACACUCUGGGAAAGACAAAUAGCCUUGAGGUUAGAGCGUUGUGCCAAUAACCAAAAAGGUUGAUGGUUCCAAUCCCGAAGCUGACAAAAUGGCAAAUCUGUCAAUGUGCCCUUGAGCAAGCACUUAACCCCAGUGCUCCAUGGGAGCUGGACAAUGGUGUCCCUGACCGUGACCGCACUCCCUGUGGGUGUCUUGGAUGCUUUUCCUUGUUUCUGUGUUUCUGUGGGUGAGGUAGAGAAGGAAUGAUCACCUUACCUCUGUGUUUCUGUGGGUGUGGUAGAGAAGGAUCACAUUAUCUCUGUGUUUCUGUGGGUGUGGUAGAGAAGGAUCAGCUUAUCUCUGUGUUUCUGUUGGUGUGGUAGAGAAGGAUCACCUUAUCUCUGUGUUUCUGUGGGUGUGGUAGAGAAGGAUCACCUUAUCUCUGUGUUUCUGUGGGUGUGGUAGAGAAGGAUCACCUUAUCUCUGUGUUUCUGUGGGUGAGGUAGAGAAGGAUCACCUUAUCCCUGUGUUUCUGUGGGUGUGGUAGAGAAAGAUCGCCUUGUUUCUGUGGGUGAGGUAGAGAAGGAUCACCUUAUCUCUGUGUUUCUGUGGGUGUGGUAGAGAAGGAUCACCUUGUUUCUGUGGGUGUGGUAGAGAAGGAUCGCCUUGUUUCUGUGGGUGUGGUAGAGAAG